UUGCAAUUGUGUUGAAGUUCGUAAAACUAUGAGAAAUCCGGGUGAAAGUUCGGAAGGACGUGUUCAAAGUGAAACUUCGAGCGAAGCAUAUGCUAAAGGCUCUGAAAGAGACGAAUGUGACAGUCCACCAUGCAAAAGACUCAAGCAAGGUGUAUUGUCCUUUCCAACUGUAUCUUCAUCUCCGUUGACCUCUAUGGGAUCCAUCAAAACUCCUGUUUCUGUCCAAAGUAAUGCUGUGAGCAUCAGCAACUGCCAAAACAAACUGUCUGAACCAUGUGAGACAAAAACUCAACCUGGUGGAGGUCUUGUUACUGGUGCUCCCUCUCCCCCUGAUUUAAAGGAAAGUUUAGGAAAGCCACAGAACACCACAGAUUUAUCAAAAAUCUCCAAAAGUUUGGUUCUUGAAAAUACAGAUGAUAAACCAGUUGUGCAGAUAGAUGCAAGCUCCAUUUCAUCACCAGAAUCCAAUUCCUCUUCCCGUGAAGAUGAAGCAAUGGUUAUAGAUCAGUCACCACCAGUUAAGGGAAAUAGAAGGCACUUAACCCCAAAGAGUGUUGAAAAGUUGAAGAGGAAGGAGGAACAGGAGAAAGAAAGACAAGAGAAGCAAAGAUUAAGAGAAGAGAAACUUAAAGAAAAGCAAGAGGCCAAGGCAGCCAAAGAAAAGGAAAGAUUAGAAGCCAAAAGAAAGCGUGACCUUGAAAAACAGGAAAAACAGGCUGAAAGGGAGAGAAGAGAGAAAGAGAGAAUAGAGAGGAGGGAGAAGGAAGAAAGGGAACGUUUAGAAAAGAAAGGAAAAAGAGAGGAGGAAAGGAGAAAACGAGAGGAGGAAAAUAAUGCAAAGAUAGAAGAAAAGAGGAAGCGAGAAGAAGAGAGGAGAAAUCAAGAAGAGGAAAAGACAAGGAAAAGACUGAAGAGAGAAGAAACCUUUGUAGGCUAUUUCACCAAGACAUCUGCACCCAAGGUACCAAAUUGA